AUGGAGUUACCACAUGUUGACAUACAGUCGCGUUUUGUUACCGCCCUGAGAACGCAAGCAAGUCACAACGCGGGCGACCGCUUAUCUGGGUCGUUCCUUUGUCCCUAUGCCCACGACCAUAGCAGCGAGGUUUUUCAGACUCUAGAACAGUUGUUAAAUCAUACGAGAGUCGAGCAUGCUUCAGAAGUACAGGAUUUAGAUGACAAGCAAGGACGUCUAAAGGUCCGAGACGCAGUCGUCAAAGCAAGACAAUCGAGGCGAUCUCCAGACGCUUUUACGAGUGGUACAGGUGCACCUGAUGUUGCUACUUUAUCUUUGGACGCAGGGAAAGAACGUCAGACAUCGCCUUCCUCAGGAAAGAAGAGACGAGCUCAGUCAGAUAUUCGUACAUAUCAGAAGAAAGGAUCCCCCCCUCGUGACAAUGUUGCAUUUGCCGAUCCCGAUUAUUCGAGGGAUUUGGCCUAUACGAUGGGACCUAAUAAAUCUCCCUCUAAAAUUACCGACACUCGCCUAUAUAACCCUAGACAAGGUGCAAAAGGUACCUUAUCUUCCCGUCAGUCCAACAAGGAACAAUGGAGUGAUAGGUCAGCUGAUGCCUCUUCAAAUCAAAGACAUCUCUUAUCGUCUACUAAGCAAACACGGAACGAUGCCUCACCGUCAUCGACUGGACAUCCUCGCCAAGCUGGAAUACUUGAGAUACAGAAACACGACUCUCGUUUUCCGGGGCUUUUGUUACAGCCAGAUAGCCGCCCUAUAUCGCAAGAACAGCUUGGGUCAGAAGUAAAGUCAAUAUACGCCGGGCUAACCAUGGUGGAGACGAAGUGCAUCCAUGUCGAUCGAGCACAGGCAGCUGUUCCGCAAGACUCGAAUCAGAAGCUGGCUCCUGACCACUGGCAGGCGCUUAUCGCACUUCAUCGUACUCUUCUACAUGAACACCACGAUUUUUUCCUGGCCUCUCAACACCCCUCAGCGUCUCCAGCGCUUCGACGACUGGCUGCGAAAUAUACAAUGCCAGCACGGAUGUGGAAACACGGAAUUCAUUCGUUCCUUGAAUUACUCCGUAGACGUCUCCCGGAGAGUCUGGACUACAUGCUCGCAUUCAUCUAUUUGUCCUAUCAGAUGAUGGCAUUGCUUUACGAGACAGUGCCUGCUUUUGAGGAUACCUGGAUAGAGUGCCUAGGCGAUUUAGGACGAUAUCGCAUGGCUAUUGAGGAUGAAGAUAUUAGAGAUCGAGAAACUUGGGCUAACGUUGCAAGAUCUUGGUACAUGAAAGCAGCUGACAGGAAUCCUCCUGUCGGCCGCUUGUACCACCAUCUCGCUAUCCUUGCUCGACCGAAUGCUCUUCAUCAGAUCUACUACUACGCGAGAUCUCUCAGCUCUGUCGAGCCGUUUCCUAGUGCUCGAGAGUCUAUCAUGACCUUGUUUGACCCUGUUUUAGGGCGGUCUCCAGCGAGCAUGUCGGCUGCGCUUCCAAUCGAUGCCAGCUUUAUCAAGGCCCACGCCUACACUUUCGAAAAAGAUCUUUCGGAUAAAUUCGAAACAGCACGUGGGGAAUACUUCCUUCAACUCGACAAUCAUAUCGGUCGAGUUACAGCCAAGUGGAAAGAGCAGGGCGUAUACACCGCAGUGACGAACAUCGCGUCAUGGUUCGACUAUGGCUUCAACAUGAACAUUUUCCGACAACUUUUUCUGCUACGCGCUGAGCAGCGUAAGCAACCUGGAUAUGCGGUUGAAGCGCGUGAUUCAAUAGGCCCUCCUGAUGCGGAUCUGCAAAAGCCCAAGGUUCCCGAAGAAGAGAUAGUACCCAAGCUCAACACUCUACUAUCCGACACAGCGUUCAACAGAGCCACAUGCCUGACGAACGAUACAUUUUCUCUUGUCCUUCGCCGCAUUGGUGACAAGAAUGUUCUCCCACAUGUACACGUUAUGCUUUCCUUCUUUUCCACUCUUGCGUCUAUUGAAUACGUUACCAAAUUUCUCGACAACUCUCCUUGGUCAGAUAUCGCCGCAUUCCUCAAUACGUUAGUCAAAACCGAAAACCAACAAAGUCAACCUUCUGAAAUCAACGCCUCUAUCUGCCAGUCGGUCUUUCCGUUGGAUCAGGACACGCAGGAGCAGGACGAACUGCCACUUCCAGAGGACUAUCUAAUUCGAGGAUUAAUUUGGGCUCAGGAGUAUCUCCCAGCGAAGUGGUUCGACAGGGAGCAUGACGAGGAGGACAGAUACCUGGAAUUAGCUAGCACGGCAAAACGACGCGCAGAGCGAGUUCUUCGACUCGGUCACCAACUAGCCAUACCUAACCGUUGGAUGUCGUAUGACGAAGCAAGUCAUGCAUUCACAGCACUGUAA